CACAUAGUGUUUGGUUACGAGCAAAACAGCUAGUAAUUGAGAUUGGAGAUCUUAGCGAAAAAGAAUCAAUGGAAUAUCUGACUAAAAAGCAUAAAAUCAAUGAGGUGGAAGCAAAAAAAUUAUAUGAAUUGGUUGGUGGUCGUAUUGUAGAGUUGAAGUCUGUUGCAGAUGAUUUUGUUGCUAGACAAUCCUUUGAAGUCAUUAAACAGACGAUUCUAGUUAAAGUCGAGAAGAAAUUCCAAUCUGCGCAACUCCUUCCAAACAAUCCGUAUUAUGAAGUAGAGAAAAGUAUAAUUAGUGCUUUGUUGGAUUCUAAGGAGCUUAAAUUUUUAGAAUUCAAGAAAUUUUUCAAUAAAGUUGAAGAAUUAAAUAAAAUGUUAGAAAAAAAUAUAUUUGCAUAUCAUCCAGGAAAAAACAACAUUGUGACCUUUCAGUCUCGGUCAAUAGAAUUCUAUAUUUAUGAAAAUGCUGAUAUAUUCAUUAAAUCGGACCAGGAUUUAUAG